AUGUCCAGCUCGCUCAACAAGCUCUUCGAGAAGGGCAAGGCGAAGGUCAAGGAGUACGCCGGCGGGCACUCCUCGCACCACCAACAGGGCUACCCCGCACAGGGCUAUCCGGGCCAGAGCUAUCCAGCGCAGCAACCGCAGUACUCCGGCGCACCAUAUCCCCAAUACCAGCAACACCCGCCGUAUAACGCUCCUCCUCCCCAGAAUCAACAAUGGGGUCCACCGUCAAAUCAAUGGGGCCCACCGCAACAGCAAUGGGGUCCUCCGCCGCCGCAACAAGCCUUCUCCCCACCUCCACAACAGGCCUUCGCACCGCCUAUACCUCAACAUAGCAAACCCCACUCUCCCGCGUCUCCCGUCCCUCCACCUAUCUCCCAUGAGCGUCCGGUGUCGAAUCCACCGCCUCCGCAGAACAUCCCUCCGCCGCACACCGAAAGGGUUUACUGGAAGCCCUCGUUCGACACGACGACGCCGGUAUCGCACAACUUCAGACACGAGCUGGGCGAUCAUGGCUGGGGAAAUAACGAGAAGCAGAACUACGUCGACAGCGCCACGAACUCGUUCCACCACGACCACCGUCUCAUCGUGCGCGGGCUGGUACAAAACGGAAGCUACACGAGCGCGCGGCUGACAUCGCACCAAACGCUGUCUCGCCCGCGCGGUUACCUCGGCGCAACCAUCCUCCCGCCGUGCGCAGAAGGAAUAUGGCCGGCGUACUGGAUGUUGCCGAAAGAUCCCUUCCAAUGGCCCAACGACGGCGAGGUCGAUAUAUUCGAAUCGUGGAAUGGCGACUGUGUAAACCACUCGUGUCUGCACUGGGGCCACUACAACGGCGAGGACUGGAAUAAGCAUCAGGUCAUUACGACGCAUCUGCAAGACAUGCCGCACCAACCGCAUACGUAUGGGUUCGCGUGGAUAGAAGAGGAGGGCAUCCCAGAUUGGAGGGGGAGAAUGAUCUGGUAUAUUGAUGGGAAACCGGUCAUGAAGGCGAAUAUACCGAAGGGCACGAGAAGGAUGGAGGAGUUCAGGUUGCUGAUCAAUGUUGCCAUGGGUGGGGAUGUGUGCGCUGGGAAGUUGCCCAAAGACGGGUACUACGACCUCAUUGUGAGCGAUUUGAAGAUGUGCGAAGAGCCGGCAGGCGGCUGGAACGAAUUUGAGAGAGCGUGGAGUAGUACGCCAGAGGGGAAGCCGAUGUAG